CGUAGGCCUCGAAGGCCACGCCCUUCGAAGGAUGCGGUCCCUGAAUUGAGACACAAUUUUCACUGGAACUCUGGAAGCUUUAAACCAGGCCGCAAAGAUUUAGAAGACGAUGGUUGUUCAGUACAGCGUGGCUUAUCUUCUGUUCUUCUUCGUCUUCCCGGUUCUUUUGACAGGUCUCUCUCACGAUGUGGUACAAGUGAAACCUGGAGAUAAUGCCACUCUGCCAUGUCAGGCUAGAGAAGCCUCCAUCAGAGCUGUAGAGUGGAGCAGACCUGACCUGGAGCCAGAGUACGUCUUCUUUUACAGAGAUGGACUCUCAGAUCCAACCCUCCAGCAUCCAUCCUUUAAGGACCGGGUGCAGCUGGUGGACAGAGAGCUGAAGGACGGAGACGUGUCUUUAAUUCUGAAGAACGUGAGCAGCAACGACACUGGAACAUACGAGUGUCGAGUACUCACAGCAGGUGGAUCAAGACGUAAGAGAGCCAUUAUUGAGACUGAGCCAAUCAGAAUCUACCAGCUGGAGGUUUCAGGUUCCAACAGCGGAGACGUUGUGGAGGGAAACUACAGACUUUACUGCGGACUGGGAGUAGUGGUUUUGUUCUGGUUUGUUUAGCUGCUGUUGGAUUGUUUGAUGGUGAUUAAGCAGGAGAUAAUCAGCUCCUCUGAUCUCUUUCCACCAUGUUUCAUAUUUUCAACACGAUUUUCAUUCUUUGAGUGUGAAUGUGUAAAUCUGGAGUUUGAGGCUCUCCACCAUGAUGACCUGCUUCAUCAUUGCAAAAAAUUAUUUGGGAAGGCUUUAUGUACCUGAUCCCAAAGUUGUCGUGUUGUAGAUCAUUCAAGAUGUCCUCGCAGUAAAUGAUGAUGGUGGUGAUGAUGAUGUUAAAUGCAGGGUACCCACGGGAUCUUAAAAGUAAAAAUUAUUUUUUUAUUUAAUAUUCUCAAAAAAGGCCUUUAAAAAGUAUUGAAUUUUGUUUACAAAGUGUUGUUUUUUUGUCAUUUUGUAGGAAUAAAUAAAUACCAAAUGUAUAAAAUAGGGCUGGACAAUAUGAUCUAAAAUCAAAAUCAUGAGUCUGUUACAAGUAAUGAAGUAAUGUUCUUUUUCUCAUGGUUCACUGAUAAGGUUGGUUUUAUAAAUAUGUUCCAUACUCCAUCAAAAGUUACUAAUUCUCAUUAAUUUAUAAUUAAUAAUUUAAUAAUAAUAAUUUCACUUGAUCAUUAAUAUCAAUGUGCAACUAAAGUUAAUGAUUUGGAUUUUGGAUUGUUUAAUGAUGGAGAAAGCGAGCGUGUAAGUUGUCAAUCUGGCUGUAAAUGUCAGUGUAGGUCACAAUGUGUCCGUUAAUAACAGUGGGAAAUGGAAGGCGGUUAGCGCUAGCAAACAUCUCCCUGUGCUUCAGACUCAGACGCAAUGGGGUACAGAAUUAAAAAAUAUUUAACAUGUUGGUUAUUUUAUCUUUUAGAGGUUCUGAAUUUCAGUUUCUUGAAUUACUUUUCAAUUAGUUGUCCAGCCCUAGUAUUAAAUAGUUUGUGUGUGUGUGUAGGCUAAUGUUAUAAGUGACUACUUUCUGUCAGAAGUACAAUACAGUUAACUACACCGCAGUCUCCUUACAGUGUUGUUCUAUCCUUAUUGUAACUACUUUAACAGUUCAUGCAGCCUGUUGUUUUGCUUGAAGCGUAUGGAUUUGCAGCCUUAAAGUCUCAUGAAUUGCGCAUGGUGAGAUUAAAGUGGAGUUACUGUGUGUGUCUACUAGUGUUUUACUGUAGAAAUAAACCUGAGUAUAAUUAUCUACAAAAAAGGAUUAAAUAGGGACAUGUGGUUAUGAAAUAAUAUGAAUUAUACAAAAAUCAAGAGUGCAGUGUGUUAUGUAAAUUCAAGCUGAUAAUUGUUAUUAAUAGAAAGCCUUUAAUAAGAAAGUCUGUUCUGUGCUUUGGACAAAAAUAUUUACAUGUUACUGUUGUGUAUGUUUUGUUAAAUGCAUAUGUUACAUUUUUUAACAUCAUUAUGCAUUAUGAUAUGCCAUAUUAUGAAAUUCCACGCAUGUUCUAAAAGUUUAAACUAUUAUCUCUGCAUUUUUUUUCUUUAAACAAUGACAAUGAUUUCUCCUCUUAAGGGAGUGCAAUCCUUAGUAAGAUAGGAGCUCAGGUACAGAAAAGAGUAUGGACAGUUUUGGGUUAGGCAUGAGUGGAAAAAGUGUGAAGUAAUGUAAACGAAUUAAGGCGUGGCAGCAAAGAGUAAACGUCGCCAAGGAAAGGGUAUGGCUUUCGAGAGCGCUGAAUGGUUGAUUUACAAUGAUUGUGUAAUCGGAAAACAUUUCAAAUCUUUAAAAAAAUUUAAUCUUACAUCUUAAAGUUGUAAACUACAUGUGUGUGUCUAUCUCUCUAUCGACUUUCUGAUGUUCUAAAGGUGAAUAUUAAGACUGGAUCAUCCAAAACUAUAUAAAACAAUGUUGCAGUGAAAUUUUAUAGUCAAUGCAGCCAAUUUUAACAUACAAAACGUAAAAAGAUUGUUUAAACUAAAACAAAAUUAGUACACAAAGGCCACUGGAUGGCAGCAAGGGGUAAGAAAUUCACCAUCAGAGCUUGGGCGGUUGUAGUAGACUAAGGGCUAUAGAAGACAGUGUAACUCAGGUAUUUGUCUUGAAAAGGAAUAAAAAGUCUUUGCACCGAU